AUGGCAUUUUCCACGGUUGAAUCUGAGCGUCGUGAAGAGGAUGAUGAAAGUGACCGUCAUAAAUUUGAACGCCUCGUGCAGGAAAAAAUCGAUCUGCCAACAUCAGACAACGGCCUCUAUUUGGCGAGAACCGUUGCACCGGUGCUUACAAAGGCACUUGCUGAGGUAAUCCAACUAAACUUUUCGACGUUUUGCACGUUUCAGUGA